UUGAUCGAGCUUCUGGAUUAUCCAGUCGUUUACCUGGAUCUAGCAAAGGAAAGUAAUGAGAUAGUUGAUUCUGAAGAUAAAGACAGCCACGAAUCUGACUCAGAUAAAGAAUUAGCUUUAUCGGCAUCACCAUACAGACAGCUGGUGCAAGAAGUUAUGGUAAUGGUUCAGAAAAUUUAGAGUAAUUAAUUUUCAUAUGAACCACUGUGCAUGAACACAAAUGUCAGAUGAACUAGGAGGUGCAAUUAAAUUUUGAUUGCUUUAGCAUGAGGAGACAAACACGUAAGGCAUUAGGUUGGAUAGAAAUUUAGGUUUUUCACAAAAAUCCGGCUUUUUGGAAGUAAAUCAUCUUUAAAUUCAAUGAGUAAGUCUUAGAUUUUUUCUUUUAUCACUACUGACCGAUUUGUUGGAAUCAUCAUUUUGAUGGGGAUGAAUUUGUACCGUUAUGCGAUGCGCCAAAAGAUAUUUUCUGCCCAAAAGGCCACCAAAUUUGUUGCAUGGUGCUUCAUUUAACUAGAUUAUUUUACCCCUAGCCCAGGGUAUCAAAUAUCUGACUUAUCUUUGAUAAAUAAGGUUUUUAAACUUUGCUCUUCCAUCAGGUAACCUUUUAUUUAUACACAACAUGUAGCUGACAUUUUGUUAGCUGACAGGCUUUUUAGGGUGCGUUCAAUUUAUCCUAUUCCGGAAUAAGAAUACGCCGGCAUAAGCUUUGAUUCAAAUCUUUUCUAACGUGAUUUUUGGACCACUUAAACGCUACAUUUGUCGAGAUAUUUUCUAGAUUUCUAGAUAUUGCAAUGCAAUGAACACCAAAAUAAGUGAUUUCUAGCGUUAAUUCCAUUUAUUCAUAUCCCGGCAUACAGUCCGCAAACGAACACGCCCUUAAUAAGUAGAGAUAACCAGUGUGAGGUGUUAGGUAAAAUUGCUUUCUGAUUUUGCACCAACAGCAAUUUAUCCAGAUGACUAG